AUGAGAGGGAAGCAGCUGGUGGGCACGAUGCUGGUGGGAGCCCUGCGUGGCCUCCUGCUCCUCUGCCUGGUUGAGGAGGGCAUCAGCAAAGUCAGAAGAUACUACAUUGGUGCAGUGGAAACCACCUGGGACUACAUCCACAGUGACCUGCUCUCCGUGCUGCAAGUGCCGGCAGGCAUGUCUGGUCAUGCAGGCACACGGCCCCCCACACCUGGUGUCCCUCCCCGGUACAGGAAGGCCGUUUUUGUGGAGUACCCUGAUGCCUCGUUCAUGCAGCCCAAGCCCAAGCCAGCAUGGAUGGGUCUCCUGGGCCCCACCAUCCGAGCAGAAGUCUAUGACACGGUGGUCAUCACAUUUAAGAACCUGGCCUCCCGCCCGUACAACCUCCACGCCAUCGGGGUGUCCUACUGGAAGGCAUCAGAGGGUGCAGGGUAUGAGGAUGAGACCAGUCUGCCAGAGAAGGAGGGUGACAGGGUAGAUCCAGGGAAAACACACACUUAUAUCUGGGAAAUCCAGCAAAACCAGGGCCCAACAGAUGGCGACUCACCAUGCCUGACCCACUCCUACUCCUCCAACACUGACAGCGUGAAGGACAUCAACUCUGGUUUGAUUGGAGCCCUGCUCGUGUGCCGACCUGGGACCCUGGUGAGCGACGGGAACAAGAACACGGAACAAGAGUUUGUGAUGCUUUUCACAGUGUUUGAUGAAGGGAAAAGCUGGUACUCUGAGCCUGGCUCCCCAACAGCUCCUCAGAACCUGCCUAACAACAGGACGGAGAUGCACACCAUCAAUGGCUACAUCAACGGCUCACUGCCUGGUCUCACACUGUGCCUCAAGAAGCUGGUCCACUGGCACGUGAUUGGGUUGGGCACUGGGCCAGAAGUCCACUCCAUCUUCUUCGAAGCCCACACAUUCCUGGUGAGAAACCACCGUCUCAGCAGCCUAGAAAUCUCCCCUGCCACGUAUCUCACAGCCCAGACCAUGCCAGGAACAGCUGGCUGGUUUCGGAUGUUCUGCCAGUUACUGUCCCAUCAGCAAGCUGGCAUGGAGGCCAUUGUGAAGGUGGAGGAGUGUCUGGAGGAGCGCCUGAUGAAGAUGGGGAAGCUGUCAGAUGAGCCAGAGGACAUGGAUUACCCUGAAGAAGAUGAGGAAACUUAUCAUGUGAUCCAAGUGCGCUCUUUUGCAAAAGAGAAGCCUGUGACCUGGACUCACUACAUUGCGGCUGAAGAAAUGGUCUGGGACUAUGCUCCCUUGAAGCCAGUGUCUCUGGACAGAAACAUGACGAGACAGUUCCUGGAGGCUGGCCCUCAGCGGGUCGGUUCAAAGUAUAAGAAAGUGAUGUUUGUGGAGUACGAGGACGCAACCUUCAAGAAGCGCAAGGCAUCAGAUCACCUGGACAAGGGAAUUCUGGGGCCUGUCAUUAAGGGGGAGGUUGGAGAUCAGUUUAAGAUUGUGUUCAGGAACCUGGCAAGCCGACCGUACAACAUCUACCCUCAUGGCCUCACCAGCGUAAGGCCAUACCACGGCAUGAAGGUGUCUCAAGAUAAGGAUGUGAAGGACAUUCCUGUCCCCCCUGGCCAGUCAUUCACCUACAUCUGGAUAGUCACCACUGAGGACGGGCCAACGCAGGCAGAUCCUCGCUGCCUCACCCGUUUCUACUACAGCUCCAUUGACCCGGUCCGAGACAUGGCCUCAGGCCUAAUUGGGCCGCUCCUGAUCUGCUUUAAGAAGACCAUGGAUCAGAGGGGAAAUCAGAUAAUGUCAGACAAGACGAGAUUGGUUCUGUUUUCGGUCUUCGAUGAGAACCGCAGCUGGUACCUAGAGGAGAAUAUCAGGCAAUUCUGCACUGAUGCAGCCCAUGUGGAUACCCAGGACCCCCAGUUUUAUGCCUCCAACGUGAUGCACACUAUUAACGGCUUUGUGUUUGACAACUUCCAACCAAAACUAUGCCUGCAUGAAGUUGUGUACUGGUAUGUCCUGAGUGUUGGGGCCCAAACAGAUUUCCUCUCUGUCUUCUUCUCUGGAAACACAUUCAAGCACAACAUGGUCUUUGAGGACGUGCUUACCCUUUUCCCAUUUUCUGGAGAAACGGUCUUCAUGAGUUUGGAAAAACCAGGCGUCUGGAUGCUGGGGUGCCUGAACCCUGAUUUCAGAAACCGAGGGAUGCAUGCCAAAUUCACAGUCUUACAGUGCCAACAUGAGCAAUACCCUGAUGGGGAAGAUUAUGUGGACUUCGAGGAGGAGGAGGGCACCUUUGACUUCCAACCCAGGAGCUUCUCUAAAAGAAAGAGAUGGCACAUGCCAUGUGUGAAUGAGCAACUGAACAACAUCACCUCUUCCAGAAAUAAGACAGAGAAGCCAAGAUUAUGCUUGACAGAACCCAGACAUGGGUCCCUCCUGAGCAAUGGUAGGAUUUCUGAUCCCCCUUCCAAAGGCACAUCAACACUUUUAGGAACAAUCCCACAUGCACCUGAUACUUCUAUGUCUUCUCUGCCAGAGACAAACUAUGAGCCAGUAUCCUAUGAAUCCUUCCUGGAAGACGAAGAAUUGCCAAAAAUCAUUAGCCAAGAUGAAGCAUUUGGAUCUCUCCCAUCUGGAGAACACUUGGCAAGUGUCAGUGGAAGGGUCCGUGGUACUGUGAGCUCAGAAGAAGGUCAGCAAGGGCUGCACCAAGCCAUGCCAGGUCCAGAAAAUGCUAUGGCAGGAAAGGAGGUGAUAAAAAUUUUAGAGGUGCAGGACCCAGUAAAAAGGACGAUGGUGCAGUCUGGUGGUACAUUAGAGAUCCUAGAAUCAGGGCCUCAAAAGACAACUACUUAUGCAAGAAGUUUGUGGGACUCAAUUGCUUAUGCUGCUAGCAAAGCCCCCCUUCAAGAGAAUAGGAGCUCAUUUCAUCAGAAUGACCUGGAGCGCAAUCUGGGACUUCAAGACACAUCUUCACAGGAUGCUGAGGACAAGUUGCUAAGAGGGGCUGAUAAAAUAUUCUUAAGUCUAUACGAGUCAAAGGAGACAAUCAAUACAGAACCGACUUUAAGUACUGAUCAUAACUCUUCCUCCACACUGGACAAUCCUGCUGCAUCUUCAGACAUGGCAGAAGACAACAGGACUUCUCAUGCUGUGGUUCACAGUCACACCAGAGAAAGGAAUUAUUCAUCAAAUGAGCCAGAUGCUAGGCUGGAAGAAAGACCUCACAAAGUGGUUUUGCAAGGCUUUUAUGAAUCUUUCAAAGGGAAAAAUGUUUCUUUCUCAGACUUGGGACCCAGCAAACCUGUACCAGGACAAAUCCUCACAGAUGAGGGUAACUUCUUGCCUGCAAAAAGUGUCACAGAACAAGAAGCCAAUGAACUUGCCAAAGGUACAAGCCUUCUAAAAGCCACCUUUGCACACACCAACGACCUUGAGCCUUCCAGCUAUAUAAUGAUGGAAGAGAGGGAUGAAUUAAUCUUGGAGACAGUGUUUCAGGAUGCUACAGCCACUAAGGAAUUGCCAGAGAUGGACAGUCUUGCCUUUCCUGAAUCGAACGUCAUGGCCAAUGACACAAGGCAGUUCCCAAAUGCUUUCUUAAACAGCCCUGAGCAGUUUCUACUACACAGAGCUCCAAACCCAAGCAUGAGUGGCCCCAGUUGGAGGCCUCGACAGACCAGGUCACUGGAGAGCAGAGGCUUGACGCAUGGUCCAGGUCUUCCCAACACCAACUGGCCUGGCAGCAGGGAGCCCCUCUCUGAGGGUAACAGAGUACAUCAGGGUCUGGCCAGCCAGACCCCUGAAACAGCAGUGAAUAAGAAAGCUCCAAGGGCAUGUGGACCCCAUUCCCCUUUUUGCAGUGCUCGCUUCAGAAACAGGUCCCUGAUAUCAAGUGACAUUUUGCCUGAGGUGGUGCUGGCCCAGCAAAGGCUGGAAGAAAAAUCAAACAUGGUUGAGGGGAGACCACAUCUAGGCAGGGAUGCUCCACAGGCUCUGCUUGGAAAUAGUGCUGACAAGAUGCAUCCUGAGGGGAGGCCAAGCACAGAUGGAGGGGUCCAGAGCAGCAGCGAGGGGGCUCAGCUCAGCAGACACUCCUUCCCCACACGGGGAGCACUGGAGAGUGAGGCAGCGAUGGCAGCAAGUAGCUCAGAAAUGCAGGCUGCUGCUGUGGCUACAGACCUUCCCUUAAACUGGGACCCGGCCUCCCUGGGGGCAGCAGGAUAUGCCAAGGGCUUGCAGAGCCCAGCUUUGGCCAAGUUGCAGCCAGGCAGAGGUGCUGUCUGGGGGGCUUCUGGGAGCAAGCAAGCUCAGGGGAUAAGCCAGAUGGAGGAGGAAACAAACUCUGUAGAGCAGCUGGGUCUACAGAGGAAUCAUGCCCCACGACAUGGAGAGAAACCAGCUCUAAACAACAAGACCCAUUCCAGCCCCUGGAAGCCAAAGGCUGACAGGCUGGACUAUGACGAAUACAGUGACACAGAGCAGACGAUGGAGGAUUUUGACAUCUACGGGGAAGAGGAGCAUGACCCACGCUCCUUCCAGGGGGAGGUACGGCAAUACUUUAUUGCAGCAGUGGAGGUGAUGUGGGAAUACGGGAACCAGAGACCCCAGCACUUCCUAAAAGCCGCGGACCCCCGGAGUGGCAGGAGGAAGCCUUUCCAGCAGUACCGCAAAGUGGUUUUCCGAGAGUACAUGGAUGAUUCCUUCACACAGCCGCUGCUGCGGGGAGAGCUGGACGAGCACUUGGGCAUCCUCGGGCCAUACAUCAGGGCAGAAGUUGAAGACGUCAUCAUGGUUACGUUCAAGAACCUGGCCUCACGGCCCUUCUCCUUCCACUCCACACUGCAAGCCUAUGAGGAGACGCAGGGCGCAAUGCAAGGUGGAGAGGUGGUGCAGCCUGGGGAGCUCCGGAAGUACUCCUGGAAAGUCCUGCCCCAGAUGGCACCCACCACGCAGGAGUUCGACUGCAAGGCCUGGGCUUACUUCUCCAGUGUGAACCUGGAGAAGGACCUGCACUCAGGCCUCAUUGGGCCACUGAUUAUCUGCCGCCGUGGGGUGCUGAGCUUCGUUUUCAGGCGGCAGCUGGCUGUGCAGGAGUUCUCCCUGCUCUUCACCAUCUUUGAUGAGACCAAAAGCUGGUACUUCCUGGAGAACAUGGAAAGGAACUGCCGCCCUCCUUGCCACAUCCAGCAGGACGACCCUGACUUUAAGAGAAACCAUUCCUUCCAUGCCAUCAACGGCUAUGUGAGUGACACACUGCCUGGGCUGGUGAUGGCUCAGCAGCAACGGGUCCGAUGGCACCUCCUGAACAUGGGCAGCACAGAGGAUAUUCACUCUGUCCACUUUCACGGGCAGCUGUUCAGCAUCAGGACUAGCCAGGAGUAUCGCAUGGGAGUCUACAACCUUUAUCCCGGUGUCUUCGGGACAGUGGAGAUGUGGCCUUCACAUGCUGGGAUCUGGCGGGUAGAGUGCAAAGUGGGAGAACACCAGCAAGCUGGAAUGAAUGCUCUUUUCCUUGUGUACAACCUGAACUGCCGAAACAGCCUUGGCCUGGCCUCAGGCCACAUUGCAGACUCUCAGAUCACAGCGUCGGGGCAGUAUGGACAGUGGGCUCCUUACCUGGCCAGGCUGGAUAACACCGGCUCCAUCAAUGCUUGGAGCACUGACCGCAGCAAUGCCUGGAUCCAGGUGGACCUCUUGCAUGUCAUGAUUAUUCACGGCAUAAAAACCCAAGGGGCCCGACAAAAGUUCUCCAGCCUUUACAUCUCCCAGUUUGUUGUCUUCUACAGCCUUGAUGGGCAAAGGUGGAGGAAAUACAAGGGGAAUGCCACCAGCACCCAGAUGCUGUUCUUUGCAAAUGUGGAUGCAACCAGAGUAAAAGAAAAUCGCUUCAACCCUCCAAUCAUAGCCCGGUACAUCCGCAUUAACCCCACUCACUACAACAUCAGGACCACACUGCGCAUGGAGCUCAUUGGCUGUGAUCUGAACAGCUGCUCCAUGCCUCUAGGAAUGGAGAAGAGAGGGAUCCCUGACCAGCGCAUCUCUGCAUCCUCCUACAGCACCAAUGUCUUCUCCAGUUGGUCACCCUCCCAGGCCCGCCUGAACUUGCAGGGGAGGACCAACGCAUGGAGGCCAAAGAGCAACAGCCCCAGCGAGUGGUUGCAGGUGGACUUUGAAGUAACAAAGAAGGUUACUGCAAUCAUAACCCAAGGUGCCAAAGCUGUCUUCACCCACAUGUUUGUGAAGGAGUUUGCUGCCUCCAGCAGUCAGAAUGGUGUGCACUGGAGCCCGGUCCUGCAGGACGGCAAAGAGAAGAUUUUCAAGGCGAACCAAGACCAUACCAGCACAGUGAUGAAUACCCUGGACCCCCCCCUCUUUGCUCGCUAUCUGAGGAUACACCCCCGGCAGUGGCACAAUCACAUUGCCCUGCGGGUAGAGUUCCUUGGCUGUGACACUCAGCAAGAGUACUGA